GUCUUGUCAUCGAUGCGUUUUGCCCUCAAACGAGGUAACAAUGCAUAACAUGAGGGUGCCCUACCGAUAAUAUGAGACUACUACCACUACUACUCGCGGGCGCUGGCGCCCUGCUGGCGCCCCCCCAACACUGGGCCAAACUGCACCUCAGCUCGACGCCGGCAAACAUGCGCCUCAGGCUCGCCGCGGCGCCGGUCGAGCCCGAGAUACCCGUCGCCGCCAGCGAGGUGCGGACCGACCUGACGGAGGAGCAGCGCGCCGCGUUACGAGCGUUCGCCGAGAUCGACGUUGAUGGAGACGGCGAGCUGACCGCCGACGAGAUCUAUCACGCGCUGUCGAAGAAUGAUGCGGACGUGAGCCUCGAACACGUUAAAGAGCUUGUGGCCAAGGCCGACACCGACGGCAACGGCACCGUGAACCGGCAGGAAUACCUCGCCGCCGUCGCCGCGGACGUCAUGCCGACCAUAAUCGUCGACGCCGUCCCUGACGGCGUUAUAGAUAUAGAGCCCGAGGAGCCCCGAGAUGAGGCCGGCGCUGGAAGAGGAGGCGCAAGGUGGAGAGUAGUAGCAGCCUGGGCGCGCUGGGAGCGGGGCGGCCUCUUGUCGCAUUUGGAAGAGGACGACCUCAAUACCUUGAGAGACGCUUUAGCCGCGGCGGCGCCCGCCGCGGAGCUGGUCCAGACGUCGGCGGCCGACGCGCUGGAGGCGCGGCUGGAGAUCGUCGAGGUCGUCCUGUGUGUGGGGGGAGACGCGACGACGUGCGUCGCGGCCUUCGCCUCGGCCGCCGGUGGUACGGACGAGAUAGGGGUGUCUUCAUUAAGGAGGACGCUGGCGGCGCCCGUCGCCGCGGAGAGCGACCUCAAGCAGCAACAUAAUGCUGUGGACGCGUGGCUCGCCAUCGAUGCGUGCGCCGUCGAUGUCAGACGCAAGGCCGCGGUCGAGACGACUGAUGCUAGAGCAUUAGUAGCGGAGCUCGCGACGACGGCCGUGGCAUUGAGGCGGCUCGACCCUUUGAGGAGGAAGCGCGUCGCGCUGCAGGCGGUGCACGUGCAUUUGCCAUUAGGCGAAUUAUUAGGAGACACGCAGGCUAAAAGCCUCUCAGCACAGCAACAGGUCGCGUUUAGAAGAUUAUUGGACGACAUCGAGGACCGGUCCUACGCGACGCUAUUUCCCGAGUCGUACGCGCACGCGAAGCGCAACGUCGCCAAGGCAGCGGCGGCCGUCGGCCCGGCGGGCCCCGAGGCCUUUGCGGCGUCGUGUCGGGCGUCUUUAUCGGAGACGAUCGCGUCCUGCGAUGUGUUACUCUCAAAAUUUUUCCCGGACGACGCGACGGCGUUAACGCUGUCGGAGACGGCUCUGGUAUUACCGCCCGCCGUGCGCGUCGAACGACGGUUAGUCGUGGAAGCUAGAGUCAAGACGGCCGCUUCCGCGUUGAGAAAGAUGCUCGGCUCGGCGAACACGAAGGCCGUGCGCGACGUGCUCGGUUUACGGGUCAUCGUGCUCGGCGCGCGCGCCGACGAGGACGCUCACCCUGAUUCAUUGUAUGCCGUGCGCGACGCGCUGCACUGUUUGGGGAAUGAGCUCAAGCAUCGUUCCAAAGAUUAUGUGCGAGCGCCGAAGCCGUCGGGCUACCGGUCGCUCCACUCGACGCUGUUGCGGCCCUUGGACGGGUUGCUGGUCGAGGUCCAGGUGCGGUCGCGCGACAUGCACUGGCACGCGACGUUCGGCGACGCGGCGCACGCGAAGUACAAGGUCGACCGGCGGGACCCGUUGUUGAGGGGCGCGGCGCAGAAGCUGCUGCCGGCCGCGGACUGAUUGCUUGUGUUUAUAAUUUUGUGUCUGUC